AUGGGAUCAGGAAAAACCGCCGAAUUCUUGAUCUCAUUACUCGUCUGGAUUCAGUCGCUUCACAAGAACGUCCGCCUGGGUGACGACGAUUCGGGACCCUACGCCAUCAUUUUGGCUCCUACUCAUUGUGGUUGCCACUCCUGGUCGUCUGAUGACGUUUUGGAGAACAGAUAUUUGGUGCUGUCACAGUGCAUGUACAUUGUGCUGGACGAAGCAGAUCUUAUGAUUGACAUGGGUUUCGAACCCGACGUGCAAAAGAUUCUGGAACAUAUGCCAGUCACGAAUCAGAAGCCGGACAACGACGACGCAGAGGACGAGCAAAAAUUGAUGGCCAAUUUCAAUUCCAAGAAUAAAUUCCGACAGACUGUCAUGUUUACUGCAACUAUGCCUUCGGCGGAGGAGCGGUUGGCUCGAACUUACCUGAGACAUCCGGCUGUGGUCUACAUCAGCUCGGCCGGCAAACCCGUGGAACGAACGGAGCAAAUCGUCUACAUGGUGGAAGAGAACGCCAAGCGCAACAAGUUGAUGAAAAUUCUGCGCCGUGGAAAACUCGAGCCUCCCAUCAUCAUUUUCGUCAACCAAAAGCAGGGAGCAGACGUACUGGCCAAGCGCCUGGAGAAAUUUUGGUUCAAUGCUUGUACUCUGCACGGUGGUAAGGGUCAGGAGCAGCGUGAAUUCGCCCUCUCCAACUUGAAGUACAAUCCGCAAUCCGGUUGCAGGUUCUAG